AUGCAACGCUCUCCACCACGCCAUCCGCAGCGAUCACAGGGAGCUCGCGAUGGAGCUAUUAAGGGCGGUGCCCGGGCUGUGAACAGCAUCAAUGAGUCGCCCAUGUUCAUCUCGGUGAUGAGAGACUAUGAAGAUAUUACCAAGGUACUGUUGGAAAUUGAAGAUUCUGCUCAUGGAGGAACCUUUGGCUUCAAUGCUCUGCAUGCUGCCGUAAGAAAUGGCAAUUCAGGGUAUUCUGUCUCUACAAGUGGUAGUAGCCCUCUUCUUGUUUCUGCUGCACAAAGAGGUCAUGUUGGUGUUGCACGAGAGCUUCUUAAGCAUUGUCCAGAUGCUCCCUAUUCUGAUACAAAUGGUUGGACAUGUCUCCACGAAGCUGUAAACUCAGGUCACACAGAGUUCGUAGAAUUUGUCAUGGGGUCACAACAACUCCGUAAUAAGCUCGUUAAUAUGCGAGAUGCGGAGGGGAAAACUGCUCUGCAUUAUGCAGUCAAAAAAUGCAAUCCAAGAAUUAUUCAAUCAUUACUUCUGAACCACACAACGACAGACUUCACCAUGAUUUCCAGUGAUGGAAGGGAGGCAAGUUCGGGGUUGUUGACUGAGAAGGAACCACCCAAUAAGAUUUCAGACUGGAACGAAGUUUCCAUGCUUCUGUUGCAAAAAGAUCCCAACAACGCAAGCUUUGUUUAUUACAUUCAUAAGUGUGUCAAGGAUAUGGUAACUAAUGCGUCAAGUAAGGCUUUCAAGUCCCUGACCCAGACACUCAUAGGCAACACCUUUUUAGCGGCGAUACUUGUUGCAACAAUUACCUUCGCCGCUGCUUUUACAUUGCCCGGAGGAUACAACAGCGAAGGGCUUCCCACCAUGGCAAGAAAGGCUGCAUUUCAAGCAUUCUUGUUCUCUGAUACCUUAGCAAUGUGCUCGUCACUUGCUGUUGCCUUCAUAUGCAUCAUUGCAAGAUGGGAGGAUAUUGGGUUCUUGCUUUACUACAGAUCAUUUACAAAGAAACUCAUGUGGCUUUCAUACAUGGCGACCACCACGGCAUUUGCAACAGGUUUAUACACAGUUCUAGCCCCUCGUCUCCUGUGGCUGGCGAUUGCAGUUUGCACUUUGCCAGUUUUAUUGCCCAUUUUUACUAAGCUGCUUGAUGAGCUUCCUUUUCUGAGCCUCCGACUUCGACUAGGUCGGACUUUCAAAUCUGAACUCCUUGAUAUCGUCUAA